UGCCAAACCAACGCACACCGAUUCACAAAGACAGUAGCCUCUACCAGUUCAUGCCUGUUAUGGAUGAGCACGGCAUGAUACGACAAAGCAGUCGAGCGAGGAAGGCAAAAAAUUUGCCGUUCGACACGAAGUACCCCAUCCUGCUACCAAAAGAUCACUCAGUAACAAUCUUACUAGUCGACUACUAUCAUCGCAUUUAUCGCCAUGCUAACUCAGAAACAGUCGUAAAUGAAAUGCGACAAAUGUACAUGAUUCCGCGACUCCGCGUGUUAGUGAAAACCGUAUCUAGGAUGUGCCAACAUUGCAGAAUUCGUAAAACCAAACCACUGAUGCCGAUAAUGGCUCCGCUACCGACAGCGCGGUUGGCUCACCAUAUACGCCCGUUCAGCUACGUCGGAAUAGACUAUUUCGGCCCACUCUCGGUGAAAGUUAAACGAUCAAGCGUCAAACGAUGGAUUGCCCUCUUUACCUGCCUCACCGUGCGUGCAGUGCAUUUGGAAAUCGCAUAUGACCUGUCCACAGCCUCCUGCAUUGCGUGUGUGAGGAGAUUCGUUAGUCGCCGCGGAUCGCCAGUUGAAUUCUUAAGCGACAAUGGGACUAACUUUCAAGGCGCAGAACGUUUGCUCCGCGAACAGAUAAACGCAGGAUUGUCAGAAACUUUCACGAAUGCGGCAACUAAGUGGACUUUCAUUCCACCGGCAGCCCCGCACAUGGGCGGCGCGUGGGAGCGCUUGGUUCGUUCGGUUAAAACAGCAAUGGAAGAAGCGUAUUCGGAUGGAAAUUUGAAUGACGAGGGGUUACAGACUUUAGUCGUGGAGGCAGAGAGCUUGGUGAAUUCACGGCCUCUGACCUACCUACCGUUAGAUUCUGAAGAGUCCGAAGCUCUCACGCCAAAUCACUUCUUACUCGGGUGCUCGGGAGGGGUGAAACAACCAGUAUCAAUUACCGGGAUAUCUAAGCCAAAGCUCCUAAUGGGCAUGUGAGAGCAAAUUCAAAACCAACUUACCACGUUUUGGAACCGUUGGCUGGUAGAGUAUUUGCCAGUAAUCCGAAGACAAACAAAGUGGUUCGACGAAGCCCGUCCAGCCGAAGAAGGGGACUUAGUCUUGAUUGCCGAUGAGGCAAAACGCAAUGAGUGGAUACGAGGCCGAAUAAUUCAGGUGAUAAAGGACAGCGAAGGAAGAGUUCGACAGGCAAUGGUGCGCACCUCCAAAGGUCCACUACGACGCCCAAUGACGAAACUGGCAUUGCUAGAUAUAGAAGGAAGUGCAAUCUCGACGGGCCGCAAGAUGCACCGGGGGGAGAAUGUUGAAGCUACUCCAGUCUAAAUGACAGGCGACAACAACAAAAUUGCCAGUCUCUACACUAAUAGCUUAACACUCUCUUCUGCCUACCAACCAUCAAGACAGAACCGUCAGAUGAGAUGACUAGUUAAAUUGAAACAGUCGAAGUCAGUACGCGUGACAAUUAAAUAAUCCUUUGUGAGCCAGUUUGUGACCUAGUAGUUCGAUUUCAGCAGUAUUAGAAAUAACACAUAAUUCUCGAAUGAUUGAUAGAAGGAAGGAAAGUGCAUACAAGAGAUAGUGGAAAAGGAGACUUGAUAUUUUUGAGCUGCACUAACCAGUCCGCUACAAAAACCUCGUUUCGUUCUCCGUGUAUCGAACACCCA